AGUUGGUGGCAGAAGCUUCUUCUUACCAGCAAUGAUUACGGCGAUGGCAUUUUAUGCCUCGAUUAUGGGAAGUUAUACCUGAUAUUAAAAAAAAGCUUAAUCUUGAUUGACUUAUCAUUUGAACUCAUUGGACCGUAAAACAUCGAGGGGUCAGCUUAUCAGUAGCUUCUGAUAGAGACUGAUUUGGAGAUGGAAUUACCAGCCGAUAAAAGUACGGCUAGAAAAGAUUGCGACGCUUAGUCGACCUCGUUCUUCUGCCGAAUAAUGAACAUUAAAUGCUUGUUAGCUGCCAUUACCCUGCUGGGGCUGUCGUGCGUUGUAACCGCACAAAAACCGUUGCUAUGCUAUUAUGGCAGCUGGGCGCACUACCGCUCAGGACGGGGUCAAUUCACCGUGGAUAAUAUCGAUCCUUGGCUCUGCACCCAUGUGAUCUAUUCUUUCGUCGGAAUAAACGAGGAUGGAACCAUAGCCAUUUUGGAUUACUGGCUGGACGUUGACCUGGGAAACAUGCGCAGGUUUAAUGAUUUGAAAUACACAAAUCCAAGCUUGAGAACGUUGGUUGCCGUUGGUGGGUACAGCGUGGGAUCGGAAAUAUUUUCCCGUGUUGCUGCCAGUGCGGACCUGAGAUGGCGAUUCGCAGAGUCGGCAAGAGAUUUUUGCUUCCAGUAUGGAUUCGAUGGUAUUGAUAUGGACUGGGAAUACCCUGGGCAGCGGGGAGGCGAUCCGUAUAAUGAUCGAGCUAACUUCGUCCUGAUGCUUGACGCGCUCAGACAAGUGCUUUCAGCCAGUGGCCUGAUGCUAACGGCAGCCGUCGGAGCUCCUCAGAAUAUUGCAGAAAUAUCGUACGACAUUCCGGGGAUUUCCCAGCACUUGGAUUACAUCAAUUUGAUGACUUAUGACUACAACGGCGCGUGGGACUCUGUCACCGGUCACAACGCACCCCUCUUCGAGGGUCCAUCGGAUGGGACAGAUUUUCAGAGAACUUUGAAUGUGCAUCACAGCGUGAUGUAUUGGCUGUCGCAGGGAGCUCCGGCAAGUAAGUUGAUACUGGGUAUUCCUAUCUAUGGUAGGACGUUUACGUUGCAGGAUUCCGGCAAUUAUUGGCUGCGCGCUGGUUCGAGUGGUCCGGGAGUUGCCGGUUCGUACACGCAGGAAUCUGGAUCAUUGGCUUAUUUUGAGAUUUGUCCGUAUUUCACGCGGAAAUGGGUUCGCCAUUGGGAGGACAAUCAGAAAAUAGCAUUCGGAGUGACGGGGAAUCAAUGGAUUGGAUACGAUGAUGUUGAUAUGACCUGGAUUAAGUGUGGCUACGUUCAUGAGCAUGGUUUAGCCGGAGCAAUGGUUUGGUCACUUGAACAAGAUGAUUUUCAUGGUUACUGCGGAUCGGUAAAUCCGAUAAUGAGCACUAUCCGGCAGUGUUUCUCGUAGACUGGUUUCAUGUCUAGGAUUAAACUUAUUAUUUGCAUUGAAAAUAUUUUGUAGAAA